UACACUAAUAUACUCUACUCUACACUACUCUACUCUACACUAAUAUACUCUACUCUACUCUAACUCUACCUACUCUGACCACUCUACUCUACUCUACUAGCCCACUCUACUCUACCACUCUACUCUACUCUACCUACACUACUCUACUCUACUCUACUCUACUCUACGCUAACACUACGCUACUCUACUCUACACGACAUCUACACUACCUACCUACUCCAUACACUACCACCUACCUACACUCACUGCUACUCUACUCUCACGCGAUACUCUACUCUACUCUACUCUACUCUACACACCACUCUACUCAUCUACUACCUACCUAGACUCUGACUCACAUCGACCACUCACUCUACACACUACUACACGACUACUACCUACUCACUCUACACGACUCACUCUACACUACCUACUCUACCACUACUCUACACUACUCACCUAUCUACUACUACUGACUCUACUCUACCACCUACUACACUAACUACUCACUCUACACACUCUACUCACACUAUAUACUCUACCUACACUACUCUACUCUACACUAUUACUCUACUCUACUCUACUCUACUCUACUCUACUCUACUCUACUCUACUCUACUCUACUCUACUCUACUCUACUCUACUCUACUCUACACUACACUACUCUACACUAAUAUACUCUACUCUACACUACUCUACUCUACUCUACUCUACUCUACUCUACUCUACUCUACUCUACUCUACACUACACUACACUACUCUACACUAAUAUACUCUACUCUACUCUACUCUACUCUACUCUACUCUACACGACUAUACUCUACUCUACUCUACUCUACUCUACACUACACUUCUCUACUCUAUCUCUACAGCUGAGAGUGGACUACAACUUGCAUUUGGCCACUCCGGUCCCAUGCAACACCAGCCAGGAGCUGCCCCAUCCCAUCAUGACGGUGGUGCCUACGAAACUACAGUGGUCUCUGAGGCCCGGUCCCAGCCCCAAUCUUCCGUCAUCCCUGUCACUGGCACGUCUAGCCCCAUAUUCACUCCAAGCCCCGCCAUCCACACACCUAUACCCACCUACACACCUAGCUUCGCCUGCACACCUACACCCGUCAUCAUUGGUACACCAUCCCCCAUCUUCCCUGGUACACUUACCCCCACCUUUACCUGAGCCAUACCCAUGGAGCAGUGUCCACAGGUAGGUUACACGCAAACACACCACAUCACAUAAUUUAGCUCAGUGCUUGUGUUUACUUUUUGGUUUAUCUUGAAGUAAAUUGAACUUUUCUAAACUAAGAGUAAUUAUUGCACGUCUUCAAAGUUUUCAAUCUCUAGAUAGAAUCCUCCAAUAAUAAUUUCUCCCAAUAUCAGUUACAUCAUGAGGCAGAAACUAAGAGUUAACUUUCUCAAUCAUGUGCCAAGACAACCACCUGCAUCAUCUCCUAAAACACCUAGCCCUGUAUCCCCCAACCACAUCAUCUCCUAACUCACCUAGCCCUGUAUCCCCCAACCACAUCUGCUGCUAACACUGUCAGCAGAACAUUCCACACAGAGCACCAUGUAAUCCUCUGCUUCCUGUCUCUCUGUGUGUGUGUGUGUGUGUGUGUGUGUGUGUGCGUCACAGGGAAAAAGAACAGGGCAAUAUGAAGACUCUGUGGCAGGCAGACAAGACUCUGUGGCAGGCAGACAAGACUAUGCACUGCAUGUGGCUGGCCAGGAAGAUCCCAGCCGGACCCUCUAACGUCUGCUGUAUCCCACGCCUGCUGGAGAUGGACGUCAACCGAGGAACGGUCAACGCAAUGCGCACCCUGCACGCUAGGUAAGAUGGUGGACUGUUUUGUGCCACGGAUUUGAACCAGAAUUACUAUAUAUAGAGGUGUCUUUCUUUGGGAAACACACUGCAUGGCAUGCUGCCAUGCCACAACGUCCAAAAUUGCAGACAAUGCUCUUCACCCCUGGCCCUGGGGACUGCUUCAUUGGGUUUAGGGCGGCUGUUAUUCUAGCCCAGUACUAAACAACACCAGGGCACGUAGGGUAAAUAAAUACAGUACAUGUUGCUCUAUCAUAGGAUGACUGGAGUGCUGGAUCAGAUAUUCCUAGGUGGAGGAGAUGAGGACAGUGAUGUGGAGUAG